GGCGCGCCGAGCCGAUCCGAUCCGUGCCGUGUCGAACCGCUCUGAGUCGUGCCAAACAGAGCCGCACCGCACCGUGCCCGCCGGGGCCCCGCGCCUCCCCCGCCGCCCAUGGGGCGCGCAGCCUCCCCGGGCGCGCUGCUGCCCCGCCGGUGCUGAGCGCCCCGGGGGCCGGGGCACGGGCACCGAGCGCCGCCCUCCCUCCCCUCCGCAGGGGGCUGCGCGGCCUUGGGGCGGCCCCCGGGCAUGCCCCAGCCGCUGGGCGCCGCCUGCCCCGCCGCUGAGCGCCGCCGCGGGCGCGGGGCGGCGCGCACGGAUGGAGAGCUGAGGCGGUGAGCCCCGCCGGGCCGGGUCGGGCCGGGAGACGUGACCAUGUGGAUACGCCGGCUCCCGGGAAGCAGGUCAGGUUGCCCGCUAGGAAGCCAUGCUUGGAUGUUGAUAGCCAUGUUCCACCUCGCCAUGGACCUCGCCAGCUGUGAGCCCGUCGGGGUCCGGCUCUCGCCGCGGCCAGCGCACCGGCACAGACUGCCCCGCGGUGCGCUGUGGGGCAUGGGCGGCAGCGAGGAGCCGCGGCGCCCCCUUCCCCCCUGGCCCUGCGCCCCCCGCUCCCGCCGGCCGCCCCCUGUUCCCCUUCCCCGCGCCAGGAGGCAGCUGCGGGGCCGUGGCUUCGCCCCCCGGGACGGGCGGCCCACGGCGCUGCCCGAGGUCAUCGUCUGGGGCCCCACGGGCGAGGAGGACUCCCUGGAGAGCAGCACGCUGCCCGGCACCUUCACCACCACCGCCGCCACCACCACCGCCGCCACCACCACCACCACCGCUGCCACCACCACCGCCGCCACCACCGCCGCUGCCGCGCCGCCCCCCAGCAGCCCGGCUCCCACGCCCGGCGGCGAGGCGCCCCGCGGCAGCCCUGGCCGCCCCAGCACCGCCGAGCCGGCCGCCGGCCACAGCAGCGGUGGCAAGGACGCCCGCCCGCCCCGCGGCCUGGGAGACACCUCAGGUCUGGCGGUCCAUCAGAUAAUCACUAUUACGGUGUCCCUCAUCAUGGUCAUAGCUGCUCUGAUAACAACUCUUGUCUUAAAAAACUGCUGCGCGCAGAGCGGGACCACGCGGCGCAACAGCCACCAACGCAAAAUCAAUCAGCAGGAGGAGAGCUGCCAGAACCUGACCGACUUCACCCCCGCCCGUGUGCCCAGCAGCCUGGACAUAUUCACAGCCUACAACGAAACGCUGCAGUGCUCCCACGAGUGUGUCAGGACGCCGGUGCCCAUGUACACGGAGGAGGCAUUGCACUCACCCGGAGAUUACAAAGCAACGUACAAUGGAAACAGACCCUCGUCUUCUGAUCGGCAUCUUAUUCCUGUGGCCUUUGUGUCUGAGAAAUGGUUUGAAAUCUCCUGCUGACUGGCCGAAGCCUGUUUUACUUCCCGGGGCAGGGCAGACGCCGUGUGGCUGUUUCCUGGAUUCCAUUGGUGAACCUGUAAAAAAAAAUAAAAAUAAUGGGUUACCUGUACCUACCAUUUCUGUUUACCAGUAGGAGACUCAAAGAGCAGCGUUCUAUGGGCCAAAUAUAUUUUUAUAAAAAUGAACACGCCUAUAGGUAACUGCAUUUUUCAAAGAGCGCAUUUUUUGGAGAAGAGUAAAAAAUGUGCGAGCGAAGAAUCCCGUGAAGGAAGAGGAAACCGAGAAUAACUGAAAGGAACAGGACUGAGCGUCUGGAGCUUGGGAUACGGACUACGAUUCUGAACCUGUGCCAAUAAUACCAUUAUGUGCCAUGUACUGAUGCAAAAGACUUCGCGAGAAGCAGAAGCUAAGUCAGUAACACACAGAAAUGCUACGGAGGACAGGGGUGGGGCGUCUCUUCUGAUGGGGUCAUUAAUUCUGGUCCAUAUACAUACAUACAUAUGAUAUAUACACAGAGAAAAUAUAUAUACACACACAAACACUUUUUGUACUGUAGCAAUUUUUGAAGAUCUUAAAUACUCAUUUUUAAAGAAAA